UGACUUGUGAGUUUUUCAGAUAUACAAAAUCAAGCCGACCGUUUAAGGUACUGUGACCUAUAAGUGAAACAUUGAACGAAUUCGUGCACAACAGUGGAUACAUUAGAAAUAAACUCUUUAUGCCUUUAUCAGUUCACUUGUUAAUCGGGCAAAAAGCACCACACAACAAGCAAAUAUUUGCCUAAUUUAUUUAAACGUGGUUUUGCACCCCAGUUCCAGUACCAAUUCUGACUACCGAACCGGUGACAUGCAUGGAGCUUCAUUGCAUAAGCUGUGACAAACAUCGGAUCACUACUACGAGAGCAACGGUGGGUUUGUUUACCAUACAAUUUAGAUCGAGUGUGCACCACGGGGGAGAGCUGUUCUGGAUACAGAUAAUCCACUUCAGAAAUCUAGUCACUGUCCAUCAGUACCAUUAUAACGUGGUUCGCUCUGGGCAAUACUACAGGUUUGUUUUUGUUUGUCUGGGCAAACUUAUGAACCCCAAACGGCCAAUUUGCGAGGAUCAGUUCGAUACCAACCGCCGGUGAAUCAAUUUCGGGAGCCGUGAAAAUAUCCGUUUCGUGCGGGUGUAAAAGCGGUGUAAUUCAAGUGAUAGUGAAAAGGGCAAAGUACCAAAAUGCAUACGCCGGGGUCGUCUGUAUCCGGUUAUAUUUUGCUGCUAGUAGUGCAAAUUGUGUUUAUCAUUAUAUUUGGUUUUCUCACCGACUACUCAAAAGAGUUACUCCCCAAGAAUGGAACUAGCGUGGACACAGACGGCGCUGUGGCAGACAAUUAUUUGCCGAAAUACCCACACUUCCAGGACAUUCACGUUAUGAUAUUUAUCGGUUUUGCCUUCCUGAUGACGUUCCUCAAGCGCUACGGAUUCAGCGCCACCGGGCUGAACCUGUUGGUAGGCGCACUGGUCAUCCAAUGGGCCAUCAUAAUGCGCGGCUGCUACGAAAUGGAGGACAGUAAGAUCCCUCUAUCGCUGGAAAACCUUAUCGGGGCAGACAUUGCGGCAGCCGCAGUACUGAUUAGUAUGGGAGCACUGCUAGGUCGAACCACCCCGAUGCAACUCUUGGUGAUGGGUAUCAUCGAAAUUGCCAUAUUCGCAGCCAAUGAGUUUCUACAGCUAGAAGUAAUGAAAAUUGCCGAUGUUGGAGGCUCCAUUACGGUUCACGCCUUUGGAGCGUACUUCGGGCUCGCAGUCAGCUUCAUUUUGCGACCAACGAAGGAGGAUGCAAAGGCUGGGCAGUUGGAAUGUUCAUCGUACGGUUCCGAUAUCACAGCCAUGAUCGGGACGAUCUUCUUAUGGAUCUUUUGGCCUAGCUUCAAUUCGGCUCUCGUAGAAGGAGCAGAGCAGGAACGUGCCAUUAUCAAUACCUAUCUUUCCCUCGCUGGAGCUACCGUCACUACAUUCGCCUUAUCCGCUCUGGUAUCGCAUGAGAAGAAGUUUGACAUGGUACAUGUACAGAAUGCUACACUCGCGGGCGGGGUGGCCGUUGGUUCCAUUUGUAACCUAAUGAUUCAUCCCUUCGGCGCGCUGCUGGUAGGAGUUAUUGCUGGCGUUAUUUCAGUGCUUGGAUACCGAUUUCUAACCCCGGCUAUGCUAUCCAAUAUGCGGCUUGCGGACACAUGUGGAGUGAAUAACCUACAUGGAAUGCCAGCACUUCUCUCUGCAGCUUUUUCCGCUAUAUAUGCUUCAUUAGCCACUUUUGAAACUUAUGGCACAUCGUUGACCAGCAUUUUCCCGGCGAUGAAAUCUAUUGCGCCAGUGAUGAACACAACCAUGACAAAUGACACAAGUGGCGAUCAUCACGAGUUUGUUGCGGGGGGAUUCGGCCGAAGUGCUCAUAAGCAGGGUGCCUAUCAGUUGCUAGCUGUUCUAAUUACAGUCUCGAUAGCUAUUGUCGGAGGCCUGUCUACAGGAGUUAUAUUACUUUAUGAACGGUUUGGAGGAGUCAUGCAACCUAAAAAUAUGUUCUCGGAUAAUCAGUGGUGGGAACUGGAUACACGAAACAAUCUGAUUUGCGUUCUGCCACAACCAGUACAAUCUCUGAACACGAACAGUGCACAAAUCUCAUUGGUCGUUUUGAAUGUGGAUGAAAUAUAUAAAAAUGCAAAAAAAAGUUUUACUAAACAGUAACUGUUCAAUAGUACA